AUGAAGUCUCCAGACAUUACAGAGGAGCAGAUCAAACUCAGGGCUUUUCCUUUCUCCCUUAAGGAUGCAGCAAAGAAUUGGUUAUACUAUCUACCUGCCGGUAGUAUCACCACAUGGGCCCAACUUAAGAAGAAAUUUUUGGAAAAAUUCUUCCCUGCAUCCCGGGCUGCGAGUCUAAGAAAAGAGAUAUGCGGCAUUAAGCAGUACCCUGAAAAAUCCCUAUACGACUAUUGGGAGAGGUUCAAUAAGUUGUGCACUAGAUGUCCACAGCAUCAAAUUAGUGAACAACUGUUGAUCCAGUAUAUCUAUGAGGGACUACAGUCAUCGGAUAGGAGUAUCAUUGACGUUGCGAGCGGGGGAGCAUUGGCGAACAAGACACCAAGGGAAGCAUGGCUACUUAUUGAGUCGAUGGCGAAAAAUUCCCAACAGUUUGGUUUUCGUGAAAAUAACCCUACCCGUAGGGUUAAUGAGGUAGAGACGUCGUCCAUUCAGCAGCAGUUAACUGAGUUAACGUCUUUCGUGCGGCAAUUAGCUGUGGGGAACGUGCACCAAGCAAAGGUCUGUGGAAUCUGCACAAAUGUGGGCCACCCCACCGACUCAUAUCCUAUGAUGCAAGAGGAUGGAGUUGAACAAGUGAACAUGUCUAGAGGCGUGCCCGCGCCUCGUAAACCGUACGAUCCAUACUCCAACACAUAUAAUCCGGGUUGGAGAGAUCACCCCAAUUUCAGCUAUGGGAAUAGGCCACAAAAUUCAUUUUCAAAUCGUCCACUGGAAUUCCAGCAACCGUGGCAACCAAAGCCACAACCUUCGUCGUCUAACUCAGGAGGCUCUUUGGAGGAAAUCGUCAAGAGUUUAGCCACGAGCACCACUCAGUUCCAACAGGAGACUAGAGUGGGUAUGAAAAACCUGGAGAAUCAGAUAAGUCCUAUGGCAACCGUGAUUAAUCGUUUGGAGUCCCAAGUUUUUGAAAAAUUACCAUCGCAGUCCGAGACAAACCUCAAGAAUGUUAGUGCCAUGACACUGAGGAGUGGUAGAGAAGUGGAAGGGUCCAAAGCCACGAACUUAAAAAGUAUGAGUGAAGAUGAAAUCGAGAAGGAGAAGGAAGAGGAAGGACACAUCCGUGACAACUCUGAGGUAACUCUUGCUCCCUCUGUACCCAUUAAAUCUAACUUACCUCCUUUUCCAUGCAGGUUGGAGAAGACGAAGAAGACGGAGAAGGAGAAAGAGAUCUUUGAGGUAUUCAGAAAAGUGGAGAUCAACAUUCCUUUGUUGGAAGCUAUCAAGCAAGUGCCGAAAUAUGCAAAAUUUCUCAAGGACUUGUGCACUCAUAAGAGAAAGUUGAGAGCAGAUGAAAGAGUAGCGGUGGGAGAGAAUGUAUCAGCCAUGCUCCAGAGAAAACUCCCACCCAAAUGUGGGGAUCCAGGUAUGUUCACGAUCCCUUAUAAGAUUGGAAAUACGCCGAUCAGGAAGGCCAUGUUGAAUUUAGGGGCGUCAAUCAAUGUAAUGCAAAAAACUAUUUAUACGUCCCUAAAUCUAGGGCCACUAAAAGAAACGGCCAUCAUAAUCCAACUAGCCGAUCGCACUAACGCCUACUCAGAAGGGCUAGUUGAGGAUGUCUUAAUUCAGGUAAAUGAAUUAGUCUUUCCUGCAGACUUUUAUAUCCUGAACAUGGGAGUUGAAAAGUCGUUAAAUCCGUCGCCUAUUUUGUUAGGUAGACCGUUUUUUAGCACUACCAGAACUAAGAUAGAUGUGAAUGAGGGUACUUUAUCAAUGAAAUUUGAUGGUGAAAGGGUGCAUUUUAAUAUUUUUGAGACGAUGAAGUAUCGAGAGGGUUCUAACUCAGUCUUUGCUUUGAUUGUUAUUGAGUCUCUUGUACAGGAAACUUUCGAGUUAGGUGGUGAAAACGUACUAACAGGGUGUCGAAACCUGACUCUUACUAGGAAGUCUUUGCCUAGCAAUAGGAAACGAGAAGGAGAAAAACUCGGCAGAGCUUCAGUUCACGGCUUGUACUCUUUUACUCCAAUCUUGGCAGGGACCACACGAAAAAGAUUGAUCAUUAGUGAUUCUUUGGAAUUCUUUGGAAAAGAAACGUACAGAGGCUUGUGCUAA